AAAUUAAUCACAGUAUACUGUGUAAAUAACUAACAACUGUCACCCAAACAUAUGGUCGCUUAAUAAGAAAAGUAGUCAGGAGACUUUUGUACAGUGUCUGACACCUCUGGAGUACGUUGACAUUUGAAUACCAGUAUAUACUGUAGCAGUUAGAUAUUAGGAUAUAACUCGGAAAAAAUGAAGAAUUUAAUCAUACUGAGUGCAUUAUGUUUUGUGUUGUGUACUAGUUUUCGGAUAAGAAGAAAUACACAAUGUACCUCCUCCAGUCAAUGUACCACAGCCGCUCCCUGCUGUAGAAUAGACUCUGGUGGCUUUGAUUUACCUUCAAGUGGAACUUGUUCCGGUUUACAAGGAGAUGCAGGGGAUAUUUGUUAUGGUUUAUGUGGGUGCAAAUCAGGUUUAACAUGUUACCGGCCAUUGUCUGGAGUAUGCUGUCUGCCGAAGAAAUGUUAUGAUUCCGCCUGGGUACAGCAAGAAGAACUGAACUAUGCAAACUGUUUGGCACAAUCAAAUGGGCCUCCAAUAUCUUGUCUUCCUGUAUAAAAUGUGUCAUAUCGUAACACAAUAAAAUACAAAAUACUGUA